GGCUGUGACAUUUCGUGGACAUUCCUAGGUGGAACUGCAGUUUCAGUGGCGGAGUAUGCUUAUUUUCAUUUCCGUAACUGCUACUUUUUUACGAGUGUUUAUUGUAGUGCGCGAUCUGAAUUAUGACAUCGUUCUUCAUUAAAAGAAGCCUUUAUAUUCGGGGUCCUUAAGGAGCGCGUCGGGCAGCUUUUUAUUUCGAUACACGUUGUCAGGAAGUGCGCCGACUUCGGGAUGAUGAGACAGAUCUCGGAUGACACUGAAGAUGUGUCAUUGUUUGAUGCAGAAGAUGAGGAGACGAGGAAGGUUAGGAAAAAGAAGAUAAGGCAUCCACUGGCCUCUUUCUUCCAUCUUUUUUUUCGAGUUAGUGCUAUCUUGGUUUAUUUGCUAUGUGGCAUUUUCAGCAGCAGCUUCAUUGCCUGCAUGGUAGCCAUAAUCCUCCUCCUCUCCUGUGACUUCUGGACAGUAAAGAAUAUAACUGGACGGUUAAUGGUUGGAUUACGAUGGUGGAACCAAGUUGACGAUGAUGGAAAAAGCCACUGGGUAUUCGAAGCACGUCAGAGCUCUGCUAAAGGUGCAAAAGUAGCUUCCAGCGCAGAGUCACGGAUCUUCUGGCUUGGUCUGGUAGUUUGUCCCAUCAUUUGGGUUGUCUUUGCUUUCAGCACUCUCUUCUCCUUCAACAUAAAAUGGCUGGCAGUAGUUGUUAUGGGUGUUGUUUUACAAGGAGCAAACCUUUAUGGCUAUGUCAGAUGCAAAGUGGGCAAUAAAACAAAUUUAAAAAGUAUGGCCACCAACUACCUGGGACGUCAGCUUUUCCGACAGGCAGCUUCAACUGAAAACGAGUCCUGAGGAAAGCCUGUGGUUUAACUGGUGUUUGCAGAUACAAGAACUGUAAUAUAAAUGUAACAAAUGAUAUUUUCUUAAGAGAAUCUCUUUAAGACAUAUUUUGAUGAAAGUUUUUUU